AUGAAGUCCUUCGGUGUCCUCGCCCUUGCCGCCUCGGCCUCUGCUGCCUACAUCAACGGCACUGCUCCCGCAAACGGAACUGUGUACACCACUGAGGUUGUCACUGCAUACACCACCGUUUGCCCUGCUGCCACCUCUGGAGCAUACGUGACCACCAUCAACAGCAAGGCCUACACCAUCUCCUCGGCCACCACCAUCACUGUUACCGAUUGCCCCUGCACAUUGGUCAAGCCCAUGGCUACUUCCAUGGCCUCCAGCGCUGCCAAGAACGGAACUGCCAGCGCCACCAAGCCCGCUGUGUACACUGGUGCUGCCAACCACGUUGCCGCUGGCUACGGUCUUGCUGCCCUCGGUGCCGCCGUCGUUCUCCUGUAA